AAUAAUUUCACACAUUAAAUAAUUUUAUUACUCCACCCUUCACCCAACACACACAACAAAACACAACACUCAUCCCAUCUUUUCAUCCACCCCCUCAUUUCCGCUUCUUUCUCCCCCAUUUCUUUCUCUCUCUUCCCUCCCUUUCUCUUUAGUCUUUACCCAUUCCCUUUCAUUUUCUCUCUCCGCCACCACCCUCUUCCCUAAUCACAAUGAAAGACGAGUGGUUCCGUGCAGCAAUCUCCGACGACGCCAUAGUUGCAGACCUUCUUCUUCUCUUGAAAGAAUCUCCUUCUCCUUCUUCUUCAACUACAUCAACACCUACACCAACUACUUCAUUCAUUCUUAAAACUCUCCCCCCGUCAUGGGGUGUACGCUUGCCGCGCUCGAAACCUAAUACGUCGUCGUCUUCUUCACUUCUUCCGGCAAUUGAUAAUAGUGUCAAUAAAAAACGACGGGAAACUACUCGCCGUAGUCCUACCACACCUCUUAGUUGGACUUGUGGCGGCGCUUCUCCUAGUGAAGGUUGCGAUGAUUCUCUCUCCUCUCAUCAUAUUCCCCCUCCACUGUCCGAUCGGUUCAGAUCCAAGAUUUCGGCUUCAACUGAAACCCCAACUACUACCACGAGCAAAAGACCUAGGAGAAAGAAGACAUUUGCCGAGCUUAAAGAAGAGGAGAAUUCACUGUUGAAGGAGCGAUCAUAUUUGAAAAAGGAAUUGGCUUCAUUACGUCUAACAGUGAAAGAACAGAGAUCAGUUAAUGAGAAAUUGAAGAGAAUUAAGCUCGACCUACAAGUAGAAUCUCAAAUAAAAUCAGAACCAACUUCAGUCGAUCAACAUAAUAACAACACGAACAAUGGAAUAUCGGAAGCAGCCUCAUCGAGUGUAACAAGACAAGUCCAUAAAACGGAGGAUGCAUCCGAGCCUGAAUCACAGAAGCGUGCAACAUCUCAGGAUUCACUCUUUGUGCUACCUGACUUAAAUAUGGUGCCAGACGAGGAUACAGCUGUGGUAAUGAGCUGAGGAAACGAAGUUUCUCUCAAAAAUCUCGUUCUUUAUUCGAUACUAACAAUUUACAAGGUUGAUUACUGGUCGGCACUUUGAUCAAAUGUUCAAUGACUGAAGAGCCUUCCAUCACGCAGGUGUAAUUACAUCAGAAUAGGGGAUUUACAUGGUUAUAGUCUGCCCAUAUGGUAAUACAAAUCUGGGCAAAUCCUGUCUAAAAAGCUUAUUAUUCCUAGUUAGAUAAACAUAUAGAGAUACUCAAAUGUUCGUUUGUUUUAUUUUUUGCAAUUUUAGCUCAAAUUUUCUACGAUCUUUGAGGUAAGCCCUUGCUCGUUACCAAUUACCAGUUAUCAUAGUUUUUUCGGAACAAAAUACGUAGACAAUAUGUAUUAUGUGCCAUUAUAUUCUUUGUUAAGGUACUAGAACUAGAACAGCAGUUGUACAAUAGUUGUUAGAAUCUAUCUAAUUUCAGUUAGAUUUUUUCUUACAUUUGGAUGCAUCAUCAUUAUCACUUAUCAGCAUAUCUGUAGCGAAUAUUAUAAAAAAUUGAUAUUAAUAAAAUUCACAUUGAGACGAAUCAAA